UAACAAUAGAGUCGCACUCACACCACCAGGACGCUUUCAGAUCAAUUUGGACGAAACCGCAGCGAAAGAAACCGAAGGAAGCAGGUGUUGGUCCCCACUUUUUCAACAAAACCAAUUGCCGUCUUCCUCAAUCCUCCUAUUCCUGUAUCUCCAAUUUUUCUGCUAUGACAAAACAUCAUCAUAAAUAUCAAAAGUGUCGGCGAAUUAUGUAAUAAAUAUAAAAAAUAUAUGUACGAAGUAAACAAAUAGACUUACAUCUCGACCCGAUGACGGCGGCGAAGAAUUCCGACGCGUCGUCGAUCCGCCGUCCACUCCUCCCCGAACCCCAUCCUCCACCUCAAUACAUCGUCGUCCUACCUCCCCAACUCCCCCCAUACCGCACUAAUGGCCUCCACCGCGGAUGCUGCCGGCGCCGCCUAAUAUGCUCCGCCGUCCUCCUCCUCAUCCUCGCCGCUGCGGCGUAUGUCCUGUGGCCAUCUGAUCCGGAACUCUCCGUCGUCCGCCUCAGCCUUGGCGGCCUCCACUUCCACACGAGCCCCCAAAUUUCGCUCGACCUAACCCUAGACCUGACCGUCAAGGUCUGGAACAAGGAUUUCUACUCCAUCGACUAUGAAUCCUUGAAAGUCGCCAUUGGGUACAGGGGGAGAAGGCUAGGGUUCAUGACUUCCGAUGGCGGACGGGUCAAGGCGCGGAGGUCUUCAUACGUAAACGCCACGCUGGCUCUCGACGGGGUGGAGGUGUUGAGCGACGCCAUCCCGUUGCUGGAGGAUUUAGCAAGAGGUUCCAUAACCUUUGACACUGAGUCGAAGAUCACUGGGAAGCUCGGGAUUUUCUUCUUCGACUUGCCUCUCAAGGAUUUAAUCUACACUGCGGCGAUCCUCUUUUCUGGCAAGAAUAUGGUGUGAAGUGAUUGUAAAUACACGCAACCAAACAAUAACUCAUCAAAAUUGCUACCCUGAUUGAGGUAUGAGGAUCAAGUCGAGGAAGUGCAACAUUUGGGCCAAUUCUUGGAAUAUGAAGAAACCAUGUAAAUUUUCAGCAAGGUUUCUAUAGUAUGCACCUUCUUGAACUUGCUUAUGAUAUUUAUCAAGUAUUGUAAUGUACUUAAUUCUACGAUGAUAUUUACUUAUUUAGGAAGUAUGUUAAUGAACGCUCUAUACCCCUUAUUCAGAAUGUAGGCACCUCACCUGCAGUCAUCUGCUUGAAUUCUUGAUUAUGUACUAUAACUUUUGUCACUCUCAGAGCUUGUUAACUAAUCCUAUCAAGGUUGUGGGCUUUGUAUACUUUGUAUAGCAAACAAUCCUCCAUUUUAUUACUACCCUAGAGUUUGUACAAGAAAUUCAACCUUUACCAGGACUAGAUACAGUUAGCGAUUAUUACAGAAACUACCCAGACAUUUAAGUCUAAUUGCAGAAAAAUUCCAUUACCUUAGAAAAUCACAAUUACCUUCCUGAAAUUUUCCAGUCUAUUCAAAUAAAGACAUAUUAGACACAUACAGCAGGGUCUUAUUGGUAAUUUCACUAAGACUUAGCUACGAGCCUACUGCUAAUCCACUUGUACUUCCCAUGGUGAUACCUACACCUGAACGAACCCGGAUGAUUGGUGGGCGAGCACACACAUACCUUUGUAAUCCGGCCAAUUCCACCACCUGCAUGAACCAGUUGCCGCCCUCUUGCCGCCUCUUCCGUGGUGGCUACCACCAGCUUACGGCCAUCUUCCAAACCGGAACUCAACGGGUAACACAUCUUUUAUUUGGUGAGAGAGAACAAAUUCCCUUUGCUUCGUAUAAAUGAGGAAAUAAUAAAAAGAAAGUCUUAGAGUGGAGAAUAAAGGAUCAUGGAAUUAUAGAGGAAGAAAAGAAAGGGGAAGUAUAAUUGAAAGGUGGGGAUCCUUUUGUAUUG